AUGAUAUCUGGUUUAGCUGAAGUAGGACAGUUGUCCGAGGCAUUUGGCUUGUUUGACUCUAUGAUACUUAGGGGGCUGUCUCCAAGUAAGAUCAUUUAUAAUGCUCUUUUUGAUGGAUGCUGUAAGACUGGGAACUUGCAGAAAGCUCAGGACUUGCUUCAGGAAAUGGUGCAGAUGGGAAUAGCUUCUACGAAAGAUUUUAACACAUUGAUUGAUGGAUUCUUGAAGAAUGGAAAUGUGCUGGAAACUAAGCAGUUGCUGAAAAUGAUGAUAGAGGGAUGUGUUGAACUUGAUUGGGACACGUAUACGAUGCUCAUUGAAGCUUUAUGCUUGGAUGGGAAGUAUGGUAAAGCAUUGGAACUUCCUGAGAUGGGGGAGAAAGGGUUUGUGCUCAAUCUUUCAACUUGUAGUGCUAUGGCUCGUAACUUUUCACCGAAAGAUGAUACUGAUACAGACGAAGUAUGCCUGGUAAUCAAGGCUAUGACAAGAUUUGGUUCGAUAUCAGACUCCACUGCUUUUCUGAUGUAUUAA